GGCAUUUCUUUCAUAUAAUCCUCACUAUCAAGUAAAUAUCCGACAAGCUUUUCAGGGCUGUAUACCUGCCAAGCCGCGUUAUCAAUCGGUUCACCGCCCUGAUAUCAGUGGGAUAUCCCUUCAUCAACCAUUCUGUCAAUUCUGUCCUCAAUUCAUUGCAUCAAGAUACCCCAUUAUACCCUCCAAAUCACAAAAAGACAAACCAAAAUGUCCGAAAAACAACCCCUCACAUCAAACAUGGACUCCCCUCCCGCCUACGAAGCAGCACCACCAACCCGCACCCCUCUACCACGCCCACCACCCCUCUCCCUCCCCUUCCUCAACGACCUCCGCAACAAGCGCGUAAUCCUCGCCUCUGCCUCCCCACGCCGCCGCCAGAUAAUGUCCCUCCUGGGCCUCCCCAACAUCGAAAUCAUCCCCUCCAACUCCCCCGAAGACCUUCCCAAGACCCUCCAACCAUUCGAGUACGUGCUAGCCACGGCCUCGAAAAAAGCACACGCGGUGUACGAGCAGGAAAUCUCGAACGAAGAAAAGGGUGAACCGGGGUUAAUCCUGGCAGCCGAUACAAUUGUCGUCGACAGUUCCAGCGGCGCGAUCCUCGAGAAACCGCAUUCCGAGGCUGGGCAUGUCGCCAUGCUCAAGGCCCUCCGCAACGCACGGAAUCAUAAAGUCUACACCGCUAUCGCUGCAAUGGCACCGCUAGCUAGUGCGCGGGACCCCGGGUACGCUGUUGAGACUGCGAUUGAGGAGACGGCGGUGAAGUUUGACGCGGGUGUUACGGAUGAGUUGAUAUUGGCGUAUGUGCGGACGAGGGAGGGGGUUGAUAAAGCCGGUGGGUAUGGGAUUCAGGGUUUGGGGAGUAUGCUUGUGGAGGGGAUUGAGGGGAGUUAUGAUAAUGUGGUUGGGUUGCCGUUGAAGACUACGUUGGGGAUUAUUGAGAAGGUUAUGGCGAGGGCGGAUGAUGAUGAUCGGUUGGCUGGGGAGGAGGGGGAUGAGGAGGGGAGUGAGUUGGAGGAGGAGUAAUGGUCUCUUUUGGGGGGUAAUAUUUGUGAGGAAGUCGCUGAGCGGCAAAGACUAUAACCCAUCGAAACUCGACGUUGCCUCAAAGUAAGCACGAACCUAAUUUGGUAUGAGAUGAAGCUGCGUUCCAUGUACUCCGUACCGUCAAGCUCAAAUAUCCAUCUUGACGGCAUAUGAACAUGCGACAUAUCUAUGAGUUAGCCACAUUUGUAUCAUCUGCAGAUCAUCUACCUCAUGAA